UAUGGCCUAGGAGGUGUGUGUAACUGGCAGGUGCUCAAGUGUCAAAAUAGAAGCAGAAUCACUGGCGGCAUACAUCCUGUGCUCCGCGGGCAAGACGCAAACAAGAAAAGCAGUUGAGUUGUUUGGUGCAAAAAGCAGCUUCCAGGAUCACUCCAGCCACGGUGCCGUUGUGAUCAAUCCGCAUUGAAAAGCUGUCUCUGAUACAACCUGAGUGUGUGCAAGAGAGGAGCAAGAUGCUUCACACCAGAGACAACUCCUUUCCAAGCAGCAGCGCAGGCGUCCCAGCAUCCUACGAAACACCAGCACUAGCAGACCUCCAGAGACUGAUUUGGUUCAGAGGAGGGUCUGAUAACCAUGUGGACCAAGUCUGGCCAAAUAUUUACCUGGGAGAUGCGUGGGCUGCUAGGAGUAUAACUACUAUUCAAAGCCUCAACAUAACUCAUAUCCUUAACGCAGCGGAUGGGCCAUAUAGCAUCAACACAGGAGCCAAAUAUUACAAAGAUCUGCAAAUAGAGUACUUCGGAAUAGAAGCAUUUGAUGAUCCUUCCUUUGAUUUAAGUAUCUUCUUCUACGAUGCUGCCAAUUUCAUAGGCAAAGCCUUAAACACUUCAGGAGGUAAAGUUUUUGUUCACUGUGCCAUGGGGGUAAGCCGCUCUGCAACAUUAGUGCUUGCCUUUUUGAUGAUCCAUGAAAACAUGACGCUCGUGGAUGCUCUGAAAACGGUGGGUUCUCACAGAGACAUCUGCCCAAACACAGGGUUUCUCAGCCAGCUGCGAGAACUGGACAUUAAAUUAAGCGAAGAGAGGAAAAGAACCAGAGAACCUGCUAGCAAAGCAUUGUAAAACAGUAUCACGAAAAAAGAGAGGACAAAACAUGACUUGAAUUUCCUGGAUCUCUUUGAAAUGAAUUGCAUUUGCAAACUAAGGAUAUAAGUUUAAGAUGCUCUAGAUUGUAUGUUGUUACUAAAAAUACAUUUUACCUGACCUUCCCGUUUUGCAAAGCCACCUUAGCUUACACUUACUGUUGGCUGUAUAUUAUAUCCUUCCCUCUCCACCUUAAAACAUUGCUCUCUGUUGGUUAAAAAAAAAAAAAAGGAUAUCAGAUUCCACUUCAGAAAUAGCUGCAUUUCAGCAACGAGUGAAGCUCAUAUCACUUUAUGAAGUGUUAGGCCAUUUGAGGUGAAAGAUGCUGUAUUAUUUAUGCUACAAUAAUGCUUAGAAGUUUUCUUACGAAUCAGCUGCCCCCCUUCCCCUUAGCUCUCUGUAUCCAAAAUGGUUUGUAUUUUGAAACCCGAAUCUGACUCUGGUUAGUUCUUGCUUUUACAAUUGGUGGAGCCUGUGAGCUGGGGGGUAAAGGGGCUGCUUAGAGGCAGAGCAGCUGGGAUACAGCACAAGCCACUCACAGAAACAGCUCCAAGUCUACAUCGAUUUCCUGUUGCUUGUUCAUCAGAUUGGUUUGAUUUUUUUUCCUGACGAAAAUAUCUUUCUUCAAGAGGGCACUUAAAUAUUGUUCCCCUUCUUUAAGAAAAUUCAUCCAGGACAUGCUGUGUAACGUGCUUUUGAAAAGGAAGGUGGGUUCCCAGCUGAGGCUCCCAAUAGCCACAUGAGCAGUGGGAGUGGGAGCACGAAGGCAUUUGACAACAAAGCUCAAUGGAUCCCAAGUCUCUCUGGCAGUUCAACAUUACAAAACUCAUGAUUUUCUUCCUCAAAAAUAAGGCCAUUAGCAUUGCAACAUCUUGUUCUGGGGCAUUUGCUUUUAUGAGAAGACUCAAGUGAAAACUGAAGGGAGACAGGAAUGGCAAGGGAAGUGCUGACAGACAUCAGACUUUCAUCUCUGUGUCUCUGGGCCACCAGAGCAGCACUCAAUAGCUACUGUCAUCUGAUGGAUCAGUGCUGCCUGGAAACUAUGAGAGCCACAUCUGGAUCUCGGCUCCCAGCGGACAAACACUCGCAGCACAAAGCCAGCUUGGGGAUGGCAGCUGUUUGCAUUCCUGCUACCACACUCUGGAAUGCAGAGGCAUGGAUGCUGCCCACUGUGGCGAACCAGCUGCUCAAAAGCAGCAAAGCAACAAGGAAAAACACGCCUUGCCAUUCCCAAUGCUGUUUGUAAGGCAGAUUCCUGUCUCCAUGAAGGGCAAGGGCUACUCAGCACCUUUUAUAAUUGUCUUUGGCCAUAUCUACAUCUGCUAUGUAGACUGGGAGCAAGAGCUUGGAGCAAGGUGCUGAGGCCUUGUCUCACAGUGUGAGUACAGGGGGCUUUAGUUCCCUGCGUAAAGAAACCUGCCCAUGGGCUGCAGGGCUGCUCUGCAAGGCAGCACACGCACAGCACAUGGUCGUCUGAAAAGCCCGUUUUAGACCCAAAUCAAAGGCAAUAUGCACACCUUCAUUACCAAUUACCUUAGAAUGGGGAAAAAAAAAAAAAAAGAAAGAAAGAAAGAAAGGAAUAAAAAGCUUCAAUUUGCAGGACGAGCAGUAAAAUAAAGUAAAAUGAAAUAAAGUAAAAUAUGGAAACAGAUCAGGACGCCCCAGGAACAAGAGCCUCCUCGGCCCAGCUCCCGUCCGCACGCACGCCCCAGCGGCGCAGCACAUCACGGCCGUGCCCGCGCUGCCCCCCGCAGCCACCAGGUGGCGGCCUCGGCGUGGCGUAGCGUUGCUCGCCAG